AUGAAGAGAUUGUGGGCUAAGUAUCGACAAUCUCGAGAUGAAGAUCUUGAAGAGCUGUGUACGACUAAUGCUCUUGUGGUAGCAGCAGUCACUGAAGCUGAAGCUUCCUCCGGAUCACGACGACGGGGUUCUCAACCGGGGCGUGCACAGAAUGAGGAGCGAUUUAGGGAAUCAAGAGGGAAAAACAUGAUGGAAGAUUACUUUGUGGAGCGUCCAGUUUUCACUGAAGAGAAAUCAGAUGCUGCAGGCAAAGUCGGACUACUUCCCCAGCAGAAGCUGACAUGUUCCUUAAGAAUGCUUGCUUAUGAUGCCGGGGCAGAUCAAUGUGCUGAGUAUUGUCGGAUGGCGAAAUCUACCUCCAUUGAGGCUCUGAAACGAUUUACAAGAGGAAUCAUUAAUCUGUACUCGGCAGAAUACCUCCGGGCUCCUAAUCCGACAGACCUCAGAAGACUUCUCGCCAAAGCUGAGAGAAGAGGCUUUCCUGGGAUGAUUGGAAGCAUCGACUGCAUGCACUGGCAAUGGAAGAAUUGCCCAAUAGGUUGGGCUGGAGAAUAUAGUUGUCGAAAACGUGAGCCCACUAUCAUCCUCGAAGCAGUCACUUCUUAUGACACAUGGAUAUGGCAUGCCUUAUUUGGAAUGCCUGGAUCAUGCAACGACCUCAACGUGCUUGCUAAGUCCCCGUUGUUUGACGAACUCACUGCUGGUCGAGCCCCUAAAAUCCAAUUUCAAGUGAAUAACAGGAUUCACAAUUUAGGCUACUAUCUCGCUGAUGGUAUCUAUCCGCAAUGGGCAACUUUCGUGAAAUCAAUUCCAAGGCCUACACUACCCAAGGAUCUGAAGUUUUCCCAGGCUCAAGAGGGGUACAGGUAG